AUUUCUGACACGUAAGAAGUUAAUACUAUAAUAAGAAGUUAAUACUAUGAAGACACCAACAAGGGUCAAAGACAUGUUUUCCCAGGUGGUGAACGAGGCAAUCGCACACCCGAUUCUUAAUAUAAAGGAUGCUUGUGAUUUAGAGGGAUCAAUUGAUGAAUCAAAUGUAAGAGAUGAAGUGAAAAGUGUGUUUGAGCCCAUGCAUGACUAUGACGGGAAGCCCAAUGUCGUGGAAGUCAUUGAUGGUGAUCCUACGCAUGAGGAUGUUGCUAAUGUUUACACGCCAGAUCCUACUUUUCAGGAAAUUUAUACAUCAGCUAGUGUGGUCAUUGCAGAGAAUGAUGUUCCAGAAAGUGUUAACAAAGUGGCAAAUGGAGAUUGUAAGAAAGCGUGCUCAACCAUUUUGAUUGACAACCCCAAGUUAUUUGACAUUGUUGAUGUUUUCAAGUCUGAAAGUCCAGUUCCUAAGCUGGCAGUUCUGCACAAGUUUGGAAUUCUCUCAUAUUUUCAUUACUACACUUCAACCGGCAUGCUUUUUGUCAAACGCUCACCAGGUGGACUUUGUUUGUGGUUCAAUGGUUUAUCUCCUAUUCAGAAACACGAGUGGGAGCCUCCACCUUAAGGACAAGGUGGAUUUUUAAGGGGGUGGGAAUGAUAGGGAUAGUAGGUUGGUUA